AUGGCUGUCCCUAAGCCUCUCAGGCUCGCUUUUUACUGCAGCGGCCAUGGCUAUGGGCAUGCGACGCGCGUGACAGCCGUGUCUUGUCAUCUUCUGACGCUGAAGGACCGCGAUCGGCCAGUCGAUAUCACCAUCGUCUCCACAGCACCAGCCCAGGUCUUUACCGGGUGUCUCGCGUUGGGUGCAAAUUAUCGAUACGCAGAGGUCGAUCCGGUCAUUUCGCAGCCGGUUGCGUAUAGCGUCGAUCGCCGCAAGAGUCUUGAAGUCCUUCGAAAUUUCCUUAUACGCCGCGAAGAGAAGCUGGCGGAGGAAGUUAAAUGGAUCAAGGAGCAAGGAAUCGAAUGCAUCCUCAGUGACGCUGUAUUCCUUGCAUGUGCCUCAGCGAAUAGAGCCGGAAUUCACAGUGUCUUAAUAACUAACUUCACCUUCGACUCUAACUGGUCCUGGCUUGCCAGCGAUAUCCCCCAAGAUACACCAUGGGCCACUGCUUCGGAUCAUUCAGUGGGGGCUCACCUCGUAGACGGAAUCAUAGACGACCCUACUGCUUUCCAACCACUGAAAGAGACCGAUCUAGAACCUCUCGUAACACAGAUGCGAAACGACUAUCAAUGUGCCAACUUAUUGUGCCUCUUGAAGGGAUGCAUCCCCAUCCCCUCCUUCUCCGUCCAUCCAAACCUCCCAUCGACAAACUGGGUUUCAAGGGAGACCAAUUCCUUUACUCCAGAUGUUGUAGAUCUUCUCAUUCGCUACCGCCGGGAUCCAAGGGGCGUUGAGUUGUUACCUCCGGUCCCAUUCCCAUCUGAACGAGGCUCCGAGUCCACAUUCUAUCGUCACCGGUAUUUAUGGCCAGCACCACUCAUCGUUAGGCACCCUUCCUCCGAUAUAUACACUCCUGCUGGUCGGAAAAGGAUACUCGACUCAAUUGGAGUUCCAGAUAAAUUGCAGGACGGGAGCCGAACUCGGAUCCUCAUUGUAAGUUUUGGAGGUCAAAAGUUCCGCCGCCCAGGAAGUCCCAGUGGUACACCAUCACGGACCCCAAGUCCCGAAAUAAGAGCAACUAGAAAUGUUCCAGACGAGCUUUUGGAUGUGCCAACGUUAUCCUUGGACUAUAAUAAAUGGCACGCCGGAAUUAGGAAUGGAAACCUAGUAUCCCGGUCCGUUAGCUUGUUGGCCCCUCGGGCCGCGUCCCCUCGAUCUGAAAUCCGCCGCCACUUUUCCAUGCCGUCUCGCAAAGUCGUCACGCCAACCCACUUAUUCAUCCCUGACGCACCUGGUCCUGUCGUGAACCCUACAUCUCCCAUCAUCAGAAAAUCACGGGGUCCUAUAUUCCCUUCUCAGGACCAUGUCCUCACUUCUUCCCCCGUCGAUGAGGCAGUGGAACAGCAACAGAUCUUGGACGCCUCCCAAGAAUCCCCCAAUCUGCUACCUCCCGGAUGGAUAGCUAUCGUUUGUGGGGCUGGUGAUGACUGGGGAAGUAGGGAACAUCUCCCCGAAGAUAUUUUUAUUGCACCUCGCAAUAUCUACAUGCCAGACCUCAUGGUCGUCGGCGAUGUGCUCCUCGGAAAACUUGGGUACGGGACGUGCUCGGAGGCAAUCGAUUCUGGCACUCCAUUCAUAUAUGUUCCUCGUCCAGCUAUCAUUGAAGAAAUCGGCUUGAAGUUGUGGCUUGAGGCGGAAGGAGUUGGUGUCGAAUUUACGCGGGAGAAGUAUGAGAGUGGGGAUUGGGCUGGUGCGGUGCAGGGCGCCUGGGAAAGAGGAGAGAGCACUGGACUAAGGGAAAGGCGCCGAUUUGCCGGAUAUAAAGAAGUGGAGGAAAGAAUCAGCGAGGGCGAUGACAUGGCAAGAAAGCUGUAUGACUGGAUUGUGGAUCAACAUCAAUGACCUUCCUCAUGACUGCAGACGUAGAUAUUGUGUUAAUGGCAUCUAGAACCUUUGCGUCCCGUAUAUCCUGUCAGCCAUGGGAAGACCGGUGGUGUCAAAGGUAGCAUCAAAUGCAAGGCACUCAUGCGCUAGACUAUAGAGUGCCGUGUAAAGGCAUAAUAUCGCCCGUCCAUACUUAUUACUUCGGAGGGUGAAAAACCAGGCGGCCUGUCGAUGUACGCUGACCAGCAUAUUCCUUCUCGUCCGUCAAUCGAUUCAUCCCGAAAAUAUGGGCUGGCCCGGGGAGGAAUUCCAUCGGAAUUUAUGUAUUUAAAGUAGCAUCCAUGACCCGUUUUGCAGGUUGCCUGUGCGCAAUUAGUCGCUGCGGUGGCCUUUGGCAAAAUCGGAGGGGGAGCAGCGGACAAGUGGUUGCAACGAAACCUUUUUAUCGGCCUCUUCAACUUCAGGCCGUCCCAGGACCCGGUUUCUGAUUGGGGAUUCGCGGAACUAACAAA